AUGUUUUGGAGGCAGCUUCUGGUGUGUUCGGUGGCUCUAGGUGUGAGCCUGCAGGAGCAAUCGGCUUUGUCGUCUAUUGGUAGUGCGGUGUCUGGUGUUACUACGCGAGCAAAGAACCUGGUGCAGUCCGUUCCUGGAUCGACGACCGUCAGCUGCCUGACGGCGAGCGAUAAGACCAAAUGCAAGAAAGAGGCUGCCUAUACUCACCAGCUGGAGACUCUGAUGCUUAAGGGGACGACUGAUAUUGACGCGAUGCAGAAAUUGUAUCAGCUCCGAGCGCAUCCGCAAAUUGAAGGACUAACGGCCGCGCAGGAGAAUGAUUUGUUCCACCAGACGGCUAAGAAACUGAGUUUUGACACCAAGCAAUAUGAACUGGUUGCCUCGGGUUUUAGCUCUACGUCCGCUAGCUCCACAACCGCCACCGUCGCACCCACCGCAGCUGCUGCCGCACUUACCGCUGUGGCACCAGCGGCGGGCGUCGUCGCGCCAGCCAAGACUGCGACGACUGCAACGACUCCAGUCGCUUCGGUGGCCACCACGGCGGCGCCGACUGCGGCAGCGGCAGUCAAGUCGCUGGCGACCACGGUGAGCACCACCGCCCCGUCGGUAGGUGGAGCACUUGCGGCCAUGGCCGCGCAUUAG